AAAAGCUCUCGUGAGACACACGUGGGUUUGGUGCUUGUGAGGCGAGAGCAACAUGGCCAGUCUGAGCUACGAAGGCUGUAAUUUUCUGCGACAGAGGCUGGUGCUGUCCUCGCUGAGUGGGAAAAGGGUGAAAAUACGAAAUAUCCGAGCCAGAGAUGACAACCCCGGGCUCCGUGAUUUCGAAGCGAGUUUUAUCAGGCUUCUGGAUAAAGUGACCAACGGCACCAGAAUCGAAAUCAAUCAGACAGGAACGGUGUUGUUUUAUCAGCCUGGUCUGCUGUACGGCGGCUCCGUGGAGCAUGAGUGUAACCUUCAGCGCUCAAUAGGUUACUACUUGGAGGCACUCAUCAUGCUGGCACCGUUCAUGAAGAAUCCACUCAAAGCCGUCUUAAAGGGGGUCACGAACGACCCGACGGACCCUUCAGUGGACUUGCUGAAAGCCACAGCUGUUCCUCUGAUGAAGAAAUUUGGUAUUGAUAGCGAGGGUCUGGAAAUAAAGAUCGUCAGGAGGGGCGUGGCGCCUGGAGGAGGAGGUGAAGUGCAUUUUUCUUGUCCUGUACGACGAACCAUCAAACCUGUGCAGCUCACCGAUCCAGGCAAAAUCAAGAGGAUCAGAGGAAUAGCAUACUCAGUGCGUGUGUCUCCUCAGAUGGCCAACAGGAUCGUGGACUCUGCUCGGAGCAUCUUAAAUAAAUUUAUUCCAGACAUUUAUAUAUACACAGACCACAUGAAAGGAGCCAGUUCGGGAAAGUCUCCUGGUUUUGGCUUGACUCUGGUGGCAGAGACGAUAAACGGGACGUUUCUGAGUGCAGAGAUGGCAUCGACCCCACAGGGACGGGGAGAUCCAGUACUUCCUGAAGAGCUGGGCAAGAACUGUGCCAAGCUUCUGCUGGAAGAAGUCUACAGGGGUGGCUGUGUGGAUUCAACCAAUCAGAGCUUGGCUCUCUUGUACAUGACACUCGGCCAGCAAGAUGUGUCCAAAACUCUUCUAGGUCCCCUUUCUCCAUACACGAUCGAGUUUCUUCGGCACAUUCGGGACUUCUUUCAGAUCAUGUUCAAGAUCGAGCAGCAGAAAAAAGACGAAGACGAACAGAAAGGAGGAGAGAAAGUGCUGAUGACCUGCGUAGGCGCCGGUUACACGAACCUCAGCAAGACGCUCAAAUAGACUCCACUCACACUCCCACCACAGUUAUGUCUCAAACUGCGGAUAUCGCACACUUCUAGUUCAAGUGCUUUGUUCACACUGGGUUGAUGCAAGAUGAUCUAGUGUACUACUGAUGUCUGGAUGAUGUACUAGAACUGCUGUUAGACACCGAGUACAAUGUGAGGUCAAACAUUUUAAUACAAAACGUUCGUGUUUUGUUUGAGAGCUUGCUGUCCUACAAGAGUUAUAGUGUAUAACGUGAUUUGAGACAGGGCCUGAAAAGUUUAUUUUAAUUUAAAUUUUUUUAUGAAAAAUGUACAGCUUGUGAAAAUCGUUUUUUAUAUAAACUAACUCCUGAGUCUGUG